AUGGACCCCAAUGAUAUGUGUGAGUCAUUUCUUGUAGCUGAUAGGCUUAUUAAUGGUGAAAAGGCCUUUACUACAAUAGAGGAACUUAGAAAACAACCAAAAUUCUAUGAACAUUGUCCUCAUAGAAGAUGUGUAACAGAUAUAGACAAUAUUGCUGCUUUGAGCACGUAUGUAUUUUUGAAAUUAAAUGCACAUAAAAACAACGAAAUUGGUGAAUAUUUUUUGAUGUGGCUAAGUGAUAAAUUAUUUAAGAUACACAUGCAAAAAAAAACCAAAAAAAAAAAUCCAAUUACUUUAGAAAUGGCUUAUAAGAUGUAUUUAGAGAAAGAUAUGGGGAAUUUUAGAUAUUGGAAUCUUUUAGGUAAUAUAAAUGGUUUGAAAAAUGCUAAUCUUAGGCAUAUGAACGAAUUUUAUAAAUUACUUAAUCAUAUAUGUAAAAUUGUUAUAUAUUAUAAAAUAAAAGGUUCCGAACCUAUGACCCCUCUUCAAAAUUCUACCAAUAGUUUUAAUCAAUAUAUGCUCCUUUAUCAAAAUGUUUCUAAAUGUAAUUCAUAUCUUCAUUUAUUGGAUAAUUUAAAAAAAAAAUAUAAUAAUUUUAGAACUAUGAUUAAGAAUGCCGAUUCAAAUUUAGCAAAUUCUCUUCAAACACUUACAACGAUAGAACAUAUCGAUUCAUAUUUUGCGGAAAAUUUUACCAAAUUUGACUUCAGUGAUCCAAAAUGUAAAUUACAAUAUGAUAAAAAUAUACUCACAAAAUAUGAGAAAGCCAAAGCUCAAAAGAAGCAAAAAGAUAGUGGAUCCAAUGGGGAUAGCAAUAACCAAAGCAGUCAACCACAAAGUUUAGUGGAUCAAACACCAAAUCCCCCCGCCGGAACAGGAAGUUCACCGAGCACACCUAACAAUGGAGAUGAUACAACAGGAAGUAAUGAUAAAGUAGUAGACGGUGUCCAAAGCCAAGAAAAUACUAAAGGAAGUGAACAAACAGAUCCAGGUGGUGGAAAAAAAAAUACAGGGAGUGGAGCAGGUGGGGGAAUAGGAUAUACAAGUGAUGGGAAAGGAGGCAAGGAUAAUAAGAAAGUAGUUUCAAAUAGUGAUGCAGGAGAUAAAAGUAGUGGAGUAAGUGAUGGAUCGGUUAGUGUACAAGGUGAUCAAGGAGCUGCAGAUACUCAAGUAGGAGAUACAGGUAGUGGAGCAAGAAGUAUAAAUAGUGUGGCAGGUGAUGGGUCAGGUAGUGGGCAAGGAAGUACAGAUACCACUAAAGGAGGUGCAAGUAAUGGGCAAGAUGGCAGUCCAGGUACUGGAACAAAUGGUGGAUCAGGAGGGACAGGUGGUGGAAUAAAUGAUCAAAGAGGUUCAGGCAAUCAAGCAAAUACAGGUAGUGAACAAAAGCCAUCAGGAGAUCAAGUUCCAACACAUUCAUCAGGAGUAUCUUCUGGAUAUUGGUCAAAUUGGGGGGGAAUUAAUUUAAAUAUCACAAGUCAUUUACCUAGUUUUUCCAAUAUAUAUGAAACUCAAAGAAAGAUUUUAACAAGCGCCAGUAAUAAAAUUAGUGAUGCAUAUAAUGGCGCUAUGAGCAUUGCCAAAGAUACUUAUGAUAAAACUCUGACCACUGUACAAGGUGCUUAUAAUGCAACUACUAAUUAUGUUGGUGGUGUCGUUAAUAGUGUGACUGAUAAAUUGAAUUCAUUCAGUACUUUUUCACAAUUAGGUGAUGGUCAAUCUGGAUCAGAUGGUUCAGGGAAUAGUUUGCCAACAGACAAUAACCCAUCAAGCACAAUGCAAUUUCCAAAUCCAGAUUCAAAUUCACCAUCAUCACCACCAUCAUCAUCUAUACAACACUCUCAGUCUUCAUCAGUAACUUCACCACCAUUAAAAACUUCAUCACAACCAAAGUCUAAUCAAGCACAAAACUCACCACAACCACCAUCUCCCCCAAAUCAACGUAGCUUUCCACACGUUUCCCAAGAUACACUUCAGAGUGGUGCAUCUAACAUAGUGCAGCAGCCUGAUCCAAACGACGGAAAAGGAGUUCAAAGAAUGACAAUUACUAAAGCUACAUUACCAAGUUCUAGUACGGGUCCAUCAAACACAGAGAAUGGAAACACAAAUGGAACUGCUGUUAAAAUGAACGAAAAACUAUCAAUAUGGUGUAUAGGACCGAAUCAUAAAUGUGACGUAACGGGUAUUAUUAUUAUAAUUAUUUCAAUAUCCAUUAUUUUAACAAUUAUAUAUAAGUAUCUAUCACUUGGCUGGACAAGCAAAUCGAAGAGAAAAAAAAGCAUAAAAAAGGUUAUAAAUUCAAUUGGAGGGAAAAGACCGGUUCAAAUAAUUAUAAAAUCAUAUGAUAGGAACAAAGACCUAAAACCGGUUAUAAAUUCAGCUCGUAGAAAAAAAGAUCCAUUAUUAAAUAUAUACAAACUUAUGCAGGCUGAUCCUAUACCAUUUAUUAAUUUAUUUUUUUUGUUAAUUUUUUUUGUCUAUAAAAGAAAAUACGAUUUUUUGGAAUUAUAA